UCAGCACACGGCAUGAUUUAAAAAGCAAACAACUACCACUCAUCUUUCAAAACUUGCAGCGAAAUCAUUUUUUGCCACAACAAGCGACAUCAAAUCAACCUUUGACCGUAAAGUACAAUUCAAAACGGACUGUAAAAUCAAAUUCAAAAACUCAGAAACCAUCGGCAACGACAGGAAACAAGUUGGACACAGCUGCAACAAAUGAAACCACUGCAGCAGCACCACCAACAGUAACGACAUCUUCAUUAUUAAGUCAAAUAUCUUUGGAGAUGUUGGAAGAAAAGAUGAGCAAGUUGAAUGAAGAACUUCUGAAGUUAAAAGCACCAACCGGUCACUGCAGGUUGGAAAUCAACCGAAACAACAUUUUCACCGAGUCUUUCCGACAAAUCAUGAGAAAGAGAGCUACUGACUGUUAUAAAAGACUGCUAGUGAAAUUUAAAGGCGAGGAAGGAAUCGAUUAUGGCGGUAUUGCGAGAGAAUGGUUGAGUCUGCUCUCCAAAGAGAUGUUCAAUCCAGCGUUCGGGCUCUUCCAGUACACGAGAGACAACCAGUUGUACAUCAACCCCGACUCUCACGUUAAUUCUUCGCACUUGUACUACUUUAAAUUUGUUGGUCGCAUCAUGGCUCUCUGCAUCCUGCACGGCCAUCAAAUUGACGCCGACUUCACUCUGCCAUUCUACAAACAAAUGCUCAGACAGGAAGUCACACUAGACGAUUUGCGGUUCGUCGACGUCCAAUUGUACAACAGUCUUGUCUGGUUCAGGACAAACGACAUAACUGACAUGAUAGAGAGCACCUUCACGGUGAAUCACAACUCGUUUGGAGAGGUACACGUGCAUGAGUUGAAGACCGGAGGGUCAAACAUUCCUGUCACCGAGGACAAUAAGUUGGAAUACAUCGAUUUGUACGUGAAGUGGCGCCUGACAGUCGGUUGUGAGAGUCAGAUGAGGGCCUUUCUGAAGGGCUUCAACGAGCUCAUCCCUAUUCAGCUGAUCAGUGAAUUCACUCCUCAAGAGUUGCAUAUGAUGUUAGGAGGUCUAAACUACGUUGACGUAUCAGAUUGGAAGAAGUACACGAAAUUAAAACAUUGCACAGUCGACUCAAACAUCGUCAGGUGGUUCUGGACGUACGUUGACCAGCUGACCACAGAGAAACGACAGGCCUUGUUGAAGUUCGUUCUCGGCAGCCACCGGAUCCCAUUGCAGGGAUUCAAAGCCUUGCAAGGAUCGCAGGGACCUCGGCUUUUUACAAUCCACCAGGUUAACAUCAGCACAAAUAACUUACCUCGAGCUCACACUUGUUUCAAUCGCAUCGACAUACCCGCCUAUGAAUCAUAUGACAUUUUUCUGGAGAAGAUGAACUGCGCCAUCGAAGAAACUGAAGGAUUUAACUUUGAAUGAUGUGAUUCAUUGCGUGGAAUGAUCGAAUGAGUAAAUAAAUAGACCAGCUGUGUGAAUAAAUAGAGUGAAUUGAAUGACAAUAGCGAUAUUUUUUAACGAUGUUCUUUCACAUUAAUGCUUAGAGCUAUAACGUUUUUAUUGGUUAUAAUUAUGCAUGAAAUAAAGUAAUAUAAUUUAUAAAGUAUUAAAAUAACGUUUAUAUUAAUUAUUAUUAUGAAGAUUCAAAUAACGUUAAUAGCCAGUUUGAUCAUCGAUUCCCAUCAUCUGCUAGCCUUCAAUCAUGAACAUAACCCCACCAGAGCGUUCGCCACUGCACAUAAAUAAUUUUAUGAAGCAAACUGCUUGCCUAUUAUGUCACCGUAGUUUCUUGUUCACAUCAAUAUUAGCCAUUAUCUAGCCAAAUGUUAUUUCAAUGUGGUAAUUACGGACUUAUUGUAUUUAUGUAUAUAUUUCCUAUUCUCAGUGCAUUAUUUUUAAACUAAUAGGCUUACAUGUAGGACAUUCGACAUUUAUUAAAUGUAUUAAAGAUGGUUUGUCUUAUUUUCAACCUGUAGCUUAUUUCAUCGUCUGACCAAUUUGUCAUUGCCUUUGUUGCAAACAUCACAACUGUAUUUUAAAAAACUUUCAAUGUUUCAUAUUUUUUCUAUUUGAUGUAUUUACUAUUUUGAUCGUACAUCAGCUUAUGUCAGUUAUCUUUCUGUUCUGUUGUUAAAAUUAUGAUAUGAAUAUUUUGUUGAUUCAUCUGCGCAUUCUUCUACGGUAAAUAAAGAUUACAAAAUCAAA